UGGGCAGAGUGCUCAGGGAGCUGACUGGACAGGCUCCAGGUGUUUACCUGCGCCCGUAGUGGUCAUGUAGAAGAGCAGAUUUAAUGUGAAGAUGGGACUGUUGGUGUUUAUGCGUAACCUGCUGCUAGCCCUCUGCCUCUUUCUGGUACUGGGAUUUCUGUACUAUUCCGCUUGGAAGUUGCACCUUCUCAGAUGGGAGGAUUCAAAUUCAGUGGUUCUUUCCUUUGACUCCGUUGGACAUACAAUAGGCUCAGCUUUCCUUGUUGAACAGGAAGGAGAGAGAGAAAAACUGUGGCUAUUGUGCUUCCGCUGUCCAGCCCAUCUCACCUUGCUGCAGACCCAGGAAAAGACAGAGCCCAGAAAGAACCCACAGAAACAAUGGCAGCUCCAGGCCCAGCCAUUCCCACUCCAGAGUGAAUUUGGUGACUGCUUGCCUACAUUUUUGGAUGGAGAGUGGUAUGGAUGGAGGCCAGGAAUAGAAAUACAACUGAAACCACGAGAAUAUGACAAACUGGGCUUUCUCCUGAAUCUGGACUCCAAAUUGCCUCCAGAAUUGGCAUCAAAGUAUGCAAAUUUCUCUGAGGGAGUGUGCAAACCAGGCUAUGCCUCAGCGCUCAUGACUGUCAUCUUCCCAAAGUUCUCGAAGCCGGCACCAAUGUUCUUGGAUGAUUCCUUCAGGAAAUGGGCACGUAUCAGGGACUUUGUACCCCCCUUUGGAAUUAAAGGACAAGAUAAUCUGAUCAAAGCCAUCCUGUCAGCAACCAAAGAUUACCGUCUAACUCCAGCUCUUGACAGUCUCAGCUGCCGGCGAUGUAUUAUUGUGGGAAAUGGUGGAGUACUUGCAAAUAAAUCAUUGGGGUUAAAAAUUGAUGACUAUGAUGUUGUUGUCAGGCUGAACUCGGCUCCAGUGAAAGGCUUUGAAAAGGACGUGGGUGGCAAGACAACACUCCGGAUCACAUAUCCUGAAGGUGCAAUCCAGAAAAUGGAGCAGUAUGAGAAGGAUUCCCUGUUUGUUCUGGCAGGAUUCAAAUGGCAGGAUUUCAAGUGGCUGAAAUACAUUGUUUACAAGGAGAAAGUGAGUGCCUCUGAUGGCUUUUGGAAGUCAGUGGCAACCCGUGUCCCAAGAGAACCUCAUGAGAUACGUAUCCUGAAUCCCUACUUCAUCCAGGAAGCAGCUUUCAGCUUCAUCGGACUGCCUUUCAACAACGGCCUGAUGGGCAGAGGGAACAUCCCCACCUUGGGAAGCGUAGCAAUAACCAUGGCGCUCCACAACUGUGAUGAGGUGGCGGUAGCUGGGUUUGGCUAUGACAUGAGUUCACCCAAUGCACCCCUGCACUACUAUGAGACCAUCAAGAUGUCUGCCAUCAAAGAGUCUUGGACGCACAACAUCCAGCGGGAGAAGGAGUUUCUGAGGAAGCUGGUGAAAGCCCGAGUCAUCACUGACCUAACCAGUGGGAUUUGAGUGGCUGCAGCCACUGCCUCCAAGGGAGGAGAUGAAGACACGCUGCAGCUCUGGGAGCAGGCACUGGCAGCCCCCUGCAAGAAUCCCACCUCACUGAAGACACACAGAGAUGCCCAGGUGCUCUGGGAAGACCCUCUUGCAUUGCCAGUCUGCACGAGGAUUGCACCUGCCACCUCCAGGCCUAGAGCUGGCAGGAGGUGGGCAAGGGACUGAGUAGACAGUUCUUGAACUCUGCAUUGCAGACAGAUCUUCUGCAUCCUGAAUUAGACAGGAAAGACUCAGGAGAGAGAAGAAAGAUUUGUGAAUAAAAUGAUUUGUGCCAAAUGGGA